UGUUUAUGUUUUGCAAAAGCACGUGGCAUUUUUAUAAGAUUCCUUGAAGUUCUACUAAUUUUUGUUGAAAAUCCCUAAAAUGAGUGCCCUUAAAACAUCUGUGGUAGUGGAAGAAGAAAAUCUCAAUGAGAAUGGCAGUGGAGGCAGUGCUGCUGAAGGUGAUACCUCCGGAUCAGAUAUUUCAAAUGACGAAGAGGAUACAGAGAAAAAAUCUGGUUGGGCAGAUUCAAUAGCAAGGGUACUGGCAGAAGAAAAACCCCGGAAUAAAUCCUCAGUGAUAUUGUCUCGUGCAAAAAAGCCAUCGCAGAACAGCAAAAAGAAGCUAAGCUUUGAGAUUGAGGGAGAAAUUAAGGAAGUGGAGAAAAAACCAUCAAAUGAGGAACUGGAGGCUGAAGCUGCGAGGCAGAAAGCUGAACGUUUGGAGAGGAAACGCAAGAGAGAAGCUCUAAGAAAUCUCAGUGUUCGACCAGAUAUCACAGAGAGAUCCAGGGAAAUUGCACUGAAGCGUGUGGCAACUAGGGGCGUUGUUCAGCUGUUCAAUGCAGUCCAGGCUCAGCAGAAGGACAUUACGAAGCGUUUGGAAACGGAAAAGCUCGAGCACAAGAAGGAGAAAGUGCUGAAGAAUGUCAAUAAAACAGCCUUCCUGGAUGCUCUAAUGGGAGGACCCCGAGCUAAAUCUGAGCUGAUUGACAAUCCCGUGAAGGAUGAGGAUGAAAGUGAGGAAGAAUCGAACCGACCAUCGACGUGGAAUGUGCUGAAGGAUGAUUUUAUGCUGCCAUCGAAAAAGAACAAGGAUUGGGACAAAAUGGAUGAGGAUGAUGAGGAGAAUGAUCAGAGAAGUGAGCCGGAAAAUGAAGAUUCCAAUAAAGAAGAGAGUGAUUGAAGGGAAAAGAAAGUCUUUUAUUUAAUAAGUAAUGUAUGUUUGCCAGAAUGCUGCAGAAUCUGCUGAGGAGCUGUUGGAUAGAGUGUGACUGGGAGG